GCGUCAGACAUUCCAGUGCGUGCCUGGCAAGUGGCAAACUCGAGCUGUCUAGUCCUCGGUUCGCGAAUCUUCCACAGAGAGGCAGACGGCAGGACUCGCUUCAAGCUCCUCAUCUCGCGCAGGGGGGGUCGCCUGAGGUAUCGGUCAAUCAGUAAUCACCCCAAAUCCUAGGGUUCUAGUCGCUUCUCGUCGUUUCGUUCGUAGGUGCGCCCCCUCUCAUCUGCACUAAACCUGAGUCCUGAUUAGGGUUCUACAUAAUCGCUUCUCUUUGCCUGAUUGAUUUGAUACCCUACAUCCGUGGUCGCCGGUUGUUCCGGAUUAGCCGGAUCUGUUGGUCUCCGGUUCGUGUGUGCUGUACCGGAUUUGGGGUAUGUUCGAGUUGCUUGGUAGAUUUACGUUGGUACAUACGGUUGCACAGAAGAUCUGGAUUUACUGAGUAGUAGGCUAGUAGCUGCCUACGGCGUACACAUGACUUGUGUAUGAAUCGUGUAUCUGGCGUGUCGAUGCUUAGUACGCGUAGUGCUGCACCAUACUGAAACUGAAUGGACAUUGGCUGUGUGGAUGAUUUAUGCGGUGAUGCAUUCAGCUACGAUCACAGAGACAAUGGUGAAGGCAGUUGCUGUCCUCGCCGGCACUGAUGUCAAGGGCACCAUCUUCUUUUCACAGGAGGGGGAUGGUCCGACCACCGUGACUGGAAGUAUCUCUGGCCUCAAGCCAGGGCUCCAUGGGUUCCAUGUGCACGCGCUUGGCGACACCACCAACGGCUGCAUGUCGACUGGGCCACACUUCAAUCCUGUUGGCAAGGAGCAUGGCGCACCGGAAGAUGAGGACCGCCAUGCCGGUGAUCUUGGGAAUGUGACAGCGGGAGAAGAUGGUGUUGUUAAUGUCAAUAUUACUGACAGCCAGAUACCUCUUGCUGGACCCCACUCGAUCAUUGGCCGAGCUGUUGUUGUCCAUGCUGAUCCGGAUGAUCUUGGCAAAGGUGGACAUGAGCUUAGCAAGAGCACGGGAAAUGCUGGCGGACGUGUUGCCUGUGGUAUCAUUGGGCUCCAAGGCUAAAGCAGUUAACCUCCGAGGCAAACACCAUAGAAGGUCGAAGCGAGCACCUCAGGAUGUUGCUGUUCCAUUUCCCCUGUAUUGGCAACACAAUUUGAGUACUCCAAAUAAGCGCCUGAUCCAUGAUCAGAGAGCACUAUUCAUGCCAUUUUGUAUAUGAACAAUGUUGCGCACCUGCUUAAGUGUCUGUUCCAACAAAUGCUUAAGAAGACACUACUGGAGGUGUACUAUGGAGUACUA